AUGGCCACUGAGAAAGACGUCGGAAAAUGGGGCACUGUGUUUGACACGCGCAGAGUCGCCGUUCACGCUUCUUUGCUGCCAAAUGGCAGAAUUCUUUGCUGGGGUAGGCGUGCGAACCCCAACGAUCCUAAAGCCCUAAAUCUCGACGAGCAAUUUACGAGACCUUUCUUCAUUGAUCUACCAUUUUCUCCAAAGGAUAACUUCCUGGUUGACGAAAGCAAGCUCAUCAAGAACAGUUCUCCCGACCAAGAUAUCAAGGAUGCGCCACAAUUUCUGGACAACCUUAACCUGUUCUGCUCAGGUCAUUGCCUUCAACCGGAUGGGAGUCUGCUCAUUACUGGAGGCCACAAGGAAGACGGGCUUGGCAUUGAUCAAGCCUGUACUUACGACUACCUCAGCAAUAAAUGGAUAUCACUGCCAAAAAUGAAUGAUGGACGAUGGUAUCCCUCAGUCCUGACCUUGCCAGAUGGCAGUGCCUUGGUCAUUUCAGGAAGUCACAUACCAAUGGCCCAGUCUGACUGGGCCACUGGCAGAUAUAUCAGCAAUAUUCCACAGAUACUUCAUCCUGAUCCAACUGUGAAAGCUUCUCCGUCGGUCUCUUGGGUCACUGCGCCGAGCCCUCCAGGCAGGGUUAUUCCCUUGUACCCGAAACUGCACCUAGAUCCUAAAGGACGCAUCUUCAUAGCCGGUCCGCAAGCAGAAUCACUGUUGAUCAACUUGGAUGCGAACGUGAACAACAAUAGGACUAUAGCUUGGGAGUUCCCAGGGUCAAUGCGAUCUGGAGGAGCUUGUGAGUAUGGUUCGUCCGCAAUGUACGAAGAUGGAAAAGUUCUCUGGACUGGCGGAGGAAAUCCUCCUAUCAAGAAGACCGAGAUCAUGGACUUGACCAAGGACAAGCUGGCAUGGGUCCCCUCGAACGACAUGCAAUACGCUCGCCGUCAGCACAACGCUACUGUGCUGCCGGAUGGCAGUGUAUUGGUCACUGGUGGCUCAAGUGGAGCUGGAGGCUUCUCGAAUCCACCUGGCUUCAACGACCUGACACCUGGUAUGACUGUACACAAAGCCGAGCUGUGGAGUGAGUCUAAAGGGUGGGCAACGAUGGCGGAAGAGGUACACGAUCGUUGCUACCAUUCAAUCGCACUGCUGCUCCCAAAUGGCCAAGUCUUGUCAGCAUCUGGUGGAGAAUACGGCGAUGCAAUCGGAGCCCGAGCUUCAAACACACUCACUAAUGCGCAACUCUUUUCGCCACCAUACCUAUGUUUGGGAGUCGACCGACCUAACAUUCAGAAGCCGCUACCGACCAUUGAGUAUGGCAAGAGCUUCACCAUCACUGUUGGUGCGAAAGAUAACAUCAAGCAAGCGAGCUUGAUGAGACUUGGAUCUGUCACGCACACCACCAAUAUGAACCAGCUUCGAGUGAAGCUGGUUCCUAACCAGACUGGAACGAGCGUGCAGCUAGCAGGUCCGGCGAAUCCCAACAUCGCGCCGCCAGGUCACUAUAUGCUCUUCGUAAUGAAUGAGAGAGGCGUGCCAUGUGUUGCACCGAUCGUGCAAAUCAACUUACCAACAUCCAAGCCAACGACUACCUUGAUGCAACGCGCGCGAAUGGCUGAGCAACCGGCCAUUAGUCUGCUGGAGUUGGAUCAGAAGAUCAUGGAACAACACGACCAGCCAAUGACAUUGAUAGGACUGACACCAAUUUGUCCCUACGGUCUGGGCCCAUGUUGGGGCGGAGCCUUCGAGGCGCUACAGCAUAUUAGCGACAUCAAGACUGUGCGCCCGGCUCCGAGCCAGGCCGACUCUAUUGCGUUCGUUUAUCUUAAGAAUGAUGACAGCCUGCCAGAACUUGAUGUCUGGCGUCGAGAGUUCUCCAGCAUCGCGCGCAGCUCAUACGAAAUGCGGGGUAUAGAGGUAACAAUCUCCGGUACAGUGACGAGGAAGGUUGACGCAAAGGAUCAAUCUGGACAAUUGCUUCUGGUCGCUGAGAAGACCAGGCCGGAGGUCGUACUUGUGCCUUACCAGCAAAGUAGCAAUAUUCGGUACGACUUCAAAGCUGGUAUGCCCAAGCCAAUCAAGCAGGAGGAAGCCCAAGCAUACGCGCAGCUACUCGCGGUGGUUGACCUUGACGGUCGUAGCACUUUGAAGGUCACAGGUACACUUGAGAAGCAUGGAGAUGGCAAGUUCACCCUUGCAGUGCGGGAAGUCCACAUGUAG